AUGCUGCAAACGAAUGGAUUUGGGCCUCUCGCAUCAUCUGACACUGGUCAUGCAGGUGGUGGCAGGGAGAGAGGGAAAUAUGCCGAAGGGGGCGGCAGGGCGGAGGAGUGGGAGGAGUGGGGGACGGUGGUGGUGGUGGCUGGGAAAUACGCGGAAGGGGGUGGCAGGGUGGAGGAGUGGGAGGAGCGGGGGAGGGUGGUGGUGGUGGCUGGUAGGGGAGAAGGAGCAGCAGGGGGAAAUCUGAAUUCUCUACCUUCCUCCUCCCCUUCCUCCCCUUCUCAUAGGGAAAUACGCGGAAGGAGGGGGCAGGGCGGAGGAGUGGGAGGAGCGGGGGAGAGUGGUGGUGGUGGCGGGGGAGGAAGGGGCGGUAGGGGGAGUGCAAGAGGUGCGGGAUCCUGUGUUUGGGCUGAGGAUGGGGGAGGGCUUUCAGGCCUCUUCAGAGGGGCUCAGGUGAGGGGGACGGGAGGGCAGCAGGGGGAAUGGGAAGAGCAGGCAGCAGAGGGAGUGGAAAUAGCAGGGGGAGGGAGAACGGCAAGUAGGGGAGUGCAGGAGGUGUGGGAUCCUGUGUUUGGGCUGAGGAUGGGGGAGGGCUUUCAGGCUUCGUCCGAGGGGCAGACAAACAUUCCUCUUCCCCCAGUCACCCCUCUUCCCCCAGUCACCCCUCUUCCCCCAGUCACCGCCCCUGUCCUCUCCUCCUCCACGUCCUCACUUCUCACAGCUACUCCUUUCGCCAAGUAA